AUUUACUUUAUGGUAGCUUAAGAAUAAUGCCGAAAACACCACCUCUUAUACUUCCUUCAAGUCUUCCAGCAACUUGGAUAAAUCGUUCAAAAGUUAAUAAAAGACACAAGUCAAAUAUAUAUGUAACUCAUCAGAAUAAGUCUACUGCUGCAGUAUUUGAUGAAACAGAAGAAUGCCAAUUUAUUUCAAAUUUUAAUAAUGAGACUACUUCUGUUAUUGAUCACACUAAUAGUAAUAUCUCCAGCAGUAUCAUACUCAAUAGUGCCAUGGAUCAUUCUAAUUAUAUCAAUAAUGAUCUUAAUAUAUCAUCUAACAAUAAUUUGAAUCAAAAUGAUACAUGUCAGACUAAUACUGCAGAUAGCUCACAGCAGCAUUCACAAAAGAAUACCUUAUCGCAAACAUCAUUCAAAAGCUUACGUCAAUCAGGCCAACAAUGUUAUAGAAAUACUACUAUUGAGCAAAUUGAAGAAGAAGAACAAAAAGAUUAUAUAGUUGAUAAAAUGGGGUGUGAAGAUGCUCUUAUAGAAUCUAAUCAUCAGCAGCUUCAAAGUCUUUUAACAGCUUCAGAAGACCUUACAGAAGAAUUCAAAAAAUUUAUGAUGGAGCAUCAGGAAAUAAAAAGAUCAAUUGAUGACAAGAAGAAGGAACUUAAUUCAUAUAUCAAAGAUCGUAUGCAAUACUUGGAUCAACGUCAAUUCUAUUUUCAACAGCAAUUAAAAGUAUUAAAGGAUUUCAUGUGAUAAGCAAAGUAAAAUGUGCUCUUUUUAUAUUACUAUUUAAGCUUAGCAUGUUAUUGGGAUA